GCAGUGCCCGCCCCGUCCCGGCGUGCCGCGCGGCGCCAUGGAGCGGGCGGCCGUGCUGCGCGUCCAGCGGAAGCGGGGCGGUGCGGAACCGGCCGAGGCGCUGCUGCUCGCCUGCAAGCGGCUGCGCGCGGAACCCGGGCAGGGAGCGCCGGUGGAGAGGGGUGUCUUCAAGCUGGUGGCCACUGUGUCCUCCAAGAACGAGCCCAUUCAGAAAUACGUUCAAGAAGGGAUCAGUAAAGACAAAGCAGCGCAGAGCCUGCGGCCCUCCUUGGGAAGCACACAGCGGAUAGCACAGGAGCUCCGCUCCUCCAAGCAGGCGAGGAGGAAGGAGAACCGCUACCGUGUAGUUGCCAGCCAUCGGCCGGGCUCCAGCGGGACGGCUGUGACCCUCACAGAGAGCCAGGCAGGGAGCGAUGGCGGCAGAUCGGCCCCUGCAGCAGCAGGAGAUGCGUCACAGGAGGAGAGCAGUGCUGUGGAUAAGAGCUCAGACUGCGGAGGGAACUUCCAGCUGUUUGAUAUCGUGCAAGAGGAGGAGGUGGUGGAGGACUCGAGUUUUACUGCAACAAACCCACAGAAAACUGGUGAUCCAGAUGUGAUUCUUUGCAAUGCAGUAGAGAUGAUCCGUGAGCGUUUAAACGUUUCUGAAGAUCACAGAAAAGUAGAACUCCGUGAGAAAGAUGAGUAUGUUUAUGACAUCUACUGCAUGGAAACAUCGGCUCCUGGUUGGAUCCAAAAUAUCCUCUCUGUACAGCCUUAUACAGAAGAAUAUGAACUGGUAGAUGAUGAUCAAGUUCCAGCUGAAAUAUACGAAGAUGAAGAUGAUGAAAAUGAUGAAGGUAACUGGCGUAAUGAUUAUCCUGAUGAAGAUGAAUUCUUAGCUGAGGAAGAUGAUGAAGAAAAAGACUCUGAAGAGAGCUCCAGUGAUGAGGACCAGUGUUACAGGAGAAGAACGUGGAACAAAUACCGUCAGGAGGUUCUACAGGAAUUUGGCUAUGAUGAGAUCCAGGACUUGGAUUCUGACUAAUAGCCCUUUUUUUUGGAAAAUGAAAUAAAUACAACUAUUGCAGCAAGACUGCAAAUCCAGACAGCUGCUGCUGGCUCUUCAUAAAAGUGUUACAGGGAAAAACAAACAAACCUGGAAAAUCACUUUCUGCUGGAAGUUGUACUAAUUGGGACAAUAGAAAAUCAUUCUCUACCUGAAAGAACUGUAAGCUAAAUUCUUGCCUGGCUGGCUUUUAAAUAACAUUUUAAAACUUUGUGGCUGGCAUGGUUCACCUUGAUGCUGUCUAGCUCAAGUACUACACUGGAAUUCCAACAAACACUAAAAGCUUCUCUUGCCAUGUGAGCUAUUACAAAUGCUCAGUCAGCUUCAGCUGAUACCAAACAGGUGGGUCUGAGUACCAACAUUUGGUGAUACAAAUUUUCUUUCCACGCAGAAGAUGCUGUAUGACUUAAAAGAGAAUAUUCCACUAGUUACACGAUGCUGAGGUUAUGACCGGAAGAAAUAUUCUUGUCAUGACUAAUGUACCAAGUUUAAUGUACCAGUGUUCAGGAUGAACGUAGCUGCCCUGAUGGAUUCUCAGAAAAAAGGCACUGUCUCCUCGUGCUUUCUACUGUAUUUGUUCCUGAGUUUCAAGUUACCUUCUUUACAAGUGUCUGAGCAUACAAACUGCCUUGAAUCACCCAUUCUUUGCCUCUUUGUCCAAUAAUUCCAGUGGAACAACGUAUAUGAAUUUGAAUUGUAAAUAAAGAAUCUUUGGUUAAGUUUUCUUUA